UUGAACCGGAAAUGUACGAGUUCACCUUGUGUCCAAAAUUCGCAGUAGAGCGGAGCGAAGAGGCGCACAGUUUGGUGCUUUUAAAGCGAGCAUUUUGGCAUACAAAUGAAAGACAAAUGUCUCCGUAACCCAGCGGCGUGUGUGGCUGUUCUCCGAAAGGGAAUACAAAAUGAAGCAAGACGUGAGGAUACUUUUAUUGGGGGAACCCAUGGUGGGGAAGACGUCACUCAUUAUGUCCUUGGUUGGAGAGGAGUUCCCCGAGGAGGUUCCAUCUCGAGCUGAAGAAAUCACCAUCCCUGCUGAUGUGACUCCAGAGAAGGUGCCCACACACAUUGUGGAUUAUUCAGAAAAAGAGCAGAGUGAUGAGACACUCAAAUCAGAGAUUCUCAAGGCCAAUGUGGUGUGUGUAGUCUAUGAUGUCACCAAUGAAGACUCCAUAGAGAAGAUUAAGACGAAAUGGAUACCUUUAGUAAACGGCGAUGCAGAAAAGGGAAACAAAAUUCCAAUCAUCCUCGUGGGGAACAAGUCAGAUCUGCGCUCUGGUAGUUCCAUGGAAACCAUUCUCCCUAUCAUGAACCAGUUCUCUGAAAUUGAGACAUGUGUCGAGUGUUCUGCUAGGAAUCUCAAAAACAUAUCCGAGCUCUUCUACUAUGCUCAGAAGGCAGUCCUCCACCCUACUGCCCCUCUGUAUGACCCCGAGGACAAACAGCUCAAACCUCUUUGCGUCCGAGCGCUCAGUCGAAUCUUCUAUAUCUCCGACCAGGACAACGAUCGCGUUCUCAGUGACACUGAGCUCAACCGUUUUCAGAAAUCUUGCUUUGGAAAUCCGCUAGCUCCGCAAGCCUUAGAAGAUGUGAAGACGGUCGUUUGGAAAAACACCAGUGAUGGAGUGCAGGAUAAUGGUCUCACGCUAAAUGGAUUUUUGUUCCUCAAUACUUUAUUCAUUCAGCGGGGCAGACACGAAACCACAUGGACAAUCCUCAGAAAGUUUGGUUACGACGACAACCUGGAAUUGACCGACGAUUACCUUUACCCCGCCUUACGGGUUCCUGCGGGCUGUACCACUGAACUCAAUGAUUUGGGUCAACAGUUCCUCCAGCGGCUGUUUGACAAGUAUGAUGAAGAUAAAGAUUCUGCAUUAUCACCAGAGGAGCUGAAGAAUCUGUUCUGUGCUUGUCCUUACAUGCCAUGGGGUGCGGAAGUCUACACGACAGUCCCAACCACUGAUGAGGGUUAUAUUUCUAAUCACGGUUACCAUUGUCAGUGGAAACUUUCCGCUUAUCUCGACAUCCAUCGUUGCCUGGAACAUCUGGGAUACCUCGGCUAUCCAAUUCUCACAGAACAGGAGUCGCAGACUGCUGCAGUAACGGUGACAAGAGAGCGAGAAGUGGACCUGGAGAAGCGCCAAACGCAGCGGUCAGUCUUUCUGUGCAAGGUGAUCGGGCAGCGGGGAACAGGCAAAACGACUUUUCUCCAGGCCUUCAUUGGCCAUAACACUGUGAACAACUCGAGCAGCGGCAGUGCCUUUUCCAACUUCACCAUAAACACAGUCCAAAUUAGCAAUCAGGAGAGGUCCCUUAUCCUGCACGAGGUGGAUGUGGAGGCGGACUUCCUGAAAGAGUCGGACUCGCGCUGCGACGUCGCUUGUCUAAUGUAUGAUUCCAGUGACCCACAUUCCUUUGACUACUGUGCUAGCAUCUACAAGCAACACUACAUGGAGAGCAAAAUCCCAUGUGUGCUGGUGGCCUCCAAACAAGACCUCCCUGCAGUCAAGCAAUUCCACGGAGUGACGGCAACAGAGUUUUGCUCCAAACACAGACUGCCUCAACCUCUGCCUUUCUCCUACACGUUUCCCGAAGCUAGCGCCAAGAACAUAUACACCAGACUUGCCUGGGCUGCUGUGUACCCACACCUGAACGGUUCAGACAUGAGCAACACGUCAUUCUGGCUGAGAGUCGCGUUGGGCUCCGCUGUGGUUGCAGUUGCGGGAUUUACUAUUUACAGAGUGGUUGUCAGACUGAAAUGAACAGCGACCAGCUGAGUGCUCCAUUUGUUUGUUCCUCUGGACAGCUCGAGACUCACAACAGAGUUGUAAUCCGCCAAUUUGUGUGUUUCGGUGAUCCUUACGUUUGUUUCUGCCUUACCUACUCAAAAGUAUUGAUUACGCGAUAUGAAAAUGCGUAAACGCUGGCCAGGAGAAGACUUUUAGCAGUUCAUGAGAUUCAAAUUUUUAGUUUUCUAAGCGCAUGCCAAGUUGGCUUCUUGACUGGAAAUUAAUUUUCACCAAAAGUGCUAGAUUGGCGCUGUUUUGUUUGCCUCAGCUUUAACUCAUCUGCUGCCAUUGACAGCGCUGGGCGUCCAAUCUA